UUAACCAAAUUAAAACAAAACCUCAUUUCUGCAAUUCGCUACUGUGAAUAAAUAUUGGCCCGGUGGUAGAAGAAAAGUCGAGUUUUGACAAAAGAUUUUUGAUGUGAGUCAUUCUUGUAGUUAGGUUACACACGGAAAAGGUGGAAUCAAGGAAUAGUAUACCAUUGACAGGAUUUGCUUAAAUUACAUUUAGUGUGAAAGCAAAAGUUUUAAGAAUGCCGAAUAACGACAAGGAGCCACAAAAUAUACAGAAUAAUAAUGAGAGUAAUACUUUAGAAAGCACGCAGGCAGUAGCCGCUGCCACUGAAGCAUUGAUUGCGGCCGCUGUAGCCGGCAGUAAAUCGGGCCACACUGCCAAUAAUAAGGAAUCUGGGUCCAAUGAUGCCGAAAAGCAACACACAGAUGCAAAAUCCACUUCGGCAGGUUUACUCGGAAAUCAAGGUUUGCUAAAGGUACUUUCCGAAGUUGCAGCUGCCGGCCGACAGUCGAAACAAUUCGCCUUUUGGUCUACACAACCAGUACCCAAACUAAAUGAAGAUAUUACCACAAAUGAAUGUAUUGAACCUGAUAAAGAUAUCUCGGAAAUUCGUCCGGACCCAUAUACUUUGCCAGAAGGAUUUAAAUGGGAUACUCUUGAUUUGAACAGUACCACCGAUUUAACUGAAUUAUACACCCUGCUGAAUGAAAAUUAUGUAGAGGAUGAUGAUGCAAUGUUUCGUUUUGAUUAUCAACCAGAAUUUCUGAAAUGGUCAUUGCAACCGCCCGGUUGGAGACGAGAUUGGCAUGUUGGUGUACGUGUGGUAAAGUCGGGACGUUUGGUUGGCUUUAUAUCUGCCAUUCCAAGCAAGCUGCGUUGUUAUGACAAAGUGCUUAAAACUGUUGAGAUAAAUUUUCUAUGCGUUCAUAAGAAAUUGCGUAGUAAACGUGUUGCGCCGGUGCUUAUACGUGAGAUUACUCGCCGUGUAAACUUGACAGGAAUUUUCCAAGCUGCUUACACCGCGGGAGUUGUACUGCCUAAACCAGUCUCUACAUGCCGGUAUUGGCAUCGUUCAUUAAAUCCCAAAAAACUUGUUGAGGUCAAGUUUUCACAUUUAGCACGUAACAUGACAAUGCAACGAACGAUAAAAUUAUACAAACUACCCGAUCAGCCAAAAACUAAAGGAUACCGCCGUAUUCAACCUAAAGAUAUGGACAAGACACAGAAACUACUUGAAGAGUACCUCAAAAAAUUUUCUUUGAGCCCAGUUUUCUCAAAAGAUGAAUUUCGCCAUUGGUUUACUCCGAAAGAUGGAAUUAUUGAUUGUUUCGUUGUCGAAGAUGAGCAGGGAAAUAUAACUGAUAUGACAAGUUAUUACUGUUUACCAUCAUCGGUGAUGCAUCACCCAGUACAUAAGACUGUACGUGCUGCUUAUUCUUUCUAUAAUGUGUCUACAAAAACACCAUGGUUGGAAUUGAUGAAUGAUGCGUUGAUAUCGGCAAAAAAUGUACAUUUGGACGUCUUCAAUGCACUUGAUUUGAUGGAGAAUAAAAACUUUUUCGUUCCCCUGAAGUUCGGUACUGGUGAUGGCAAUCUGCAAUAUUAUCUAUACAAUUGGCGUUGUCCAGCUAUGACACCAGAAGAUGUAGCGCUCAUUUUAAUGUAGUUGACAUUAGCUAGAAAAGGCUACACACAUUAAAAACAACAAUAAGAAAAUAAAGGAAAAUUCAGCACAUACCGCAAGUAGUUAAUACAAAAGCCAGUCCAACCAACCAUCACGACAAAAAAUUAAACAUAAGUCGAAGAAGUUUGUUUCCAUAAUACAUUGCAUAAAAUGUUAAUGACGACAAUUAAUAAUAUUGUUAGACUACAUAAAAGUAAAAUUAGAACUUUGGUGGUUCUAUGAUGGAUUCCCUUUAAAAACAGCACAUGUGUUGAAAAUUGGAAGUUGCACAUGAGCAGCUUUAGUUGAAUACAAUAUAGCACAACAAAGUUAAGUAAUUGCAAUAAAAACAUACAUAUGUAACUAUAUACAUAUUUCCAAUUUUAUGUAUAUACUAUGUACGUAGACGAGUAUGCUUUAAACUAAGUUUACUUAAUUCUUAGCGCCGUAGCUGAACAAAAUUAGUAUUUUGGCUACACGACUAUGUAAUUUAUUAAAGAUUUUUUGCAAAUCUCUAUUACUAUGAGUAACGUUAAAUUUUUUGAAAGAUAAAAUUUCAGACCACAGUUCCGUGAGUUUUGGUUUCGGAUUGUUUAAGGACUACGAAUAAAAGCAAUAAAGCAAUUUCCGAUUUUUUCUUUAGAUUAAUUAAUAACAAAUUAAUGAAACAAAUCAAACACGAUAUUUUAAGCAUACAAAUAUGGUAAAACUAUUAUAAAAGCCAAUAAUUUUUUUUUGUGAACUUUUAAUCAAAAUAUUUAUUAAGCUGGUCAUUUUUUGUUGUGCAUUUCCUACAAAUAUACUAUUAUUUAAAGACUUCAUACACACCAUUUGCCAUUUAUGCGUCAUUUUUAGUUACCCUUAAAAUAUGUCGGUUAUAAGUAUUUCUUUAUAUUACGAAAGAAGUUUAAGUGACGCGUGUUCGUGUUGUUUUUGAGAAGUAAAAAUAAUUCAGAAAAUAAUGAAACUAAAUUGAAGAAUAAUAUCGAAACUUUCUAAACUUAACCUCAAAUAUAUUGAAUAUCGAGAAGGUUUAUCUCUCAAGUGUUUUUUCAUUGCACGAAUUCCAUAUUUUACUUACAAAUAUAUAUUAAUAAAAAAAGCCGGCUUGAACAAGUCAAUGUUAA